AUGUACGCCCAGCGGCCUCUGGCGUAUGCCCCAACGCCUUACAGCUAUACACCAAAUACAGCCAGAUCGGCCUCUAUUAAUCUAGAUGAGGAAGUGAAACUCGCCUCGAGCUCAGCGGAACGUGACCUCUACGAAUCGCUUGCUGAGAUCUAUAGCAUAAUAGUGACGUUAGAUGGACUAGAGAAGGCCUAUAUAAAGGAUGUGGUCACAGAGGCGGAGUACACGGAAACAUGCUCUCGACUUCUGAAGCAGUACAAAUCCAGCUUAGGUGACGACACUGUUGCGAGGGAAUUCGUCGACCUGGACACAUUCAAACAAACAUGGGGGCUCGAAUGCCCCCGCGCUACCGAGCGGCUUCGUAUCGGACUCCCCGCGACAGUCGAACAGGCAUCGCAUACUGGCCCAUCGGUUAAUAAAUCUUCGGGGGCAGCAGGCCCCCCUGCUGGAGCAUCUGGUAGUUUGAUUCUGACAGCUACGGAGAACUUCAUUACUUUCCUUGAUGCGCUGAAAUUAAACAUGGUCUCCAAGGACGCGCUUCAUCCGCUACUCUCUGAAGUUAUCCAGUCAGUUAAUAAGGUGACGGAUGCGGACUUUGAGAACCGGGGAAAGAUCAUUCAAUGGCUGAUCACAUUGAACCAGAUGCGUGCGACGGAAGAGCUGGGCGAAGAACAAGCCCGAGAGCUGGCGUUUGACAUCGAACAGGCGUACCAGGGGUUCAAGUCCACGUUGGAGUAA